ACCCCAAAAGUUUCCGACUCUUUCCUCUGUGAUAAGCAAUCUCAUGUUCCCGCUUCAUUCAAAUGGCCAGCACAAGAUGCGAUUCUCUCUUGCGGCGAGCAAGAAGAGCCCUUGAUUGAUCUCAAAAGCUUUCUUCUUGGUGAUGAUCAAGAAGAAACACGUCGUGCUGUUGAUAAUGUGAGAGCAGCUUGCUUGAGCCAUGGGCUUUUCCAAGUGAUCAACCACGGAGUUGACCUGAGUCUCAUUCAUGAUGCUCAUGAUCGUAUCGACGCCUUCUUCAAGAUGACACUCAGCAACAAACUCAGUGCUCAAAGGAAGCCGAACUCUCUGUGGGGUCAUUCCAUAGCUCAUAAUGCUCGGUUCUCGUCGAAAUUGCCAUGGAAGGAAACCUUCUCUUUUGGCUACCAUGAGAACUCACCAGAUUCAGUGGUUGGCUUCUUUAAGUCCACCUUGGGGAUGGAUUUUGAACCAGCAGGAAAGGUAUACCAGAAAUAUUGUGAAGAGAUGAAGAAAUUGGCACUUUCGAUCACGGAGCUAUUGGCCAUAAGCUUGGGACUUGAUAGGUCUUAUUAUAGAGAAUUCUUCGAAGAUGGAUGCUCCAUAAUGAGGUGCAACUCCUACCCUCCUUGCCAAGAGCCAAGCCUUGUUCUCGGAACUGGUCCCCAUUGUGAUCCAACAGCCCUCACCAUACUCCACCAAGAUCAAGUUGGAGGUCUCGAAGUGUUCGUCAACGACAAGUGGUACAAAGUUCGACCUCGCCCUCAUGCCCUUGUGGUCAACAUCGGUGAUACUUUCGUGGCAUUGACAAACGGGGUAUACAAGAGCUGCCUCCACAGAGCGGUGGUGAACCGGCAUAGCGAGAGGCGGUCAUUGGCUUUUUUCCUGUGCCCUCGGGAAGACAAGGUAGUUGCGCCGGCGCCCAAGCUCGCCCCCGGAGGGUCGAGGAAGUACCCGGAUUUCACCUGGUCGGAUCUGCUCCGGUUCACCCAGAGGCACUACAGGGCCGAUCAGUCCACCUUGCCCAAGUUCACUGAGUGGCUUCUCUCUCUUCAAGACCGCACUCUCUACAGUUGAGUCACUGCUAGCAUCUACAUCACCCACCUUGAUCUGCAAAGAGCACGAGUCAAUCUAGUCCACUCUUCAACACCAAAUAAAGUCGUAUCAAAUUAUCCUCUUCCCUUUACCAUAGGAAUUCGUCCUAUGUUGAUGAUGACUAGUCUUCUAGAACCUACAGUGGAUGAGCCCGAUGUUUUGUUAUGUGCUUAAUGUAAA